AUGUCGUUAAAAAAAGAAAAAACACCUUUACCAAAUGUUGAACAGGAUCAGGAACGUGCCAUUUUUAUUUUAUCAACAAAAUUAGAUAAUGAAAAAGAACUAUGUAAUGGUAAUGAUUUUUUAUUAACACCAAGAAAUAAAGUUAAUUCCCUGACACUACGUAGUACAGAAAAAGUUUACAUAAUUAAUGGAAGUAAAGCAGAAAAAUUUUUAUUUUUUUGUAAAGAACAUCUAAGACUUCGAAAUUUAUUUUAUUGGCUUGGUGUUGGUAUUGCUUCAUAUCCAACAGCAUUUAUUAUUGCAUCAAUUAUUAUAGCAUCAUUAUCAAUGGGUAUGAUUAAUAUACAACUUAAGGAUCGAACAAAUGAUGGUUAUACACCUUCUACCUCAAGAGCAAAAUAUGAAACGGAUGUUUAUAAGGAAUUUUUUGGUGCUGUUGGAGAUACACUACCAACAUCAAUUAUUAUUAAAGCAAAAGAUGGUGGUUCAAUGCAUAGAUUAAAAUAUCUUGAAGAAGCAGAUAAAUUAUUAACAUACUUGCAUUCAAAUUUAUCAAUACCAUAUCCAUCAUCAGAAUUUCCAUCUCAAUAUAUAAAAUAUCAAAAUAUUUGUGGUGCCUUUUGUGAUUCAAAUAUUAUAAUUCAUUAUUUUUAUUUAUCUCUUCUUAAUGAGUAUAAUAAAAAUUUGGGUGGUAAAAAAAUUAAUAAAUUAACUUAUCCAAGAUCAAAAAUUAGUGGUUAUAUAUUUCCAUUAGAAAAAAAUUUUUUUGGUGUACAAAAUAAUUAUUAUACAGAGGAUGAGAUUGAAAAUGAUGAAGAGUUAAAAAAUUUAAAAAAUAUAACAGAUUUUGAUUAUAUUCAAAUGAUUUUAGCACCAUUUUUAGGUGAUAAAAGUUCACCAGAAAAUGAAGAAAAAAUGGGUGUAUGGGAUUUAGGAGCAUAUCAUUAUUUACAAAAUACCUAUCAAUCAAAAUAUAUUGAUGUUGUAUCAAUAGGAGCAAAAAUUGUUGAUUAUGAAAUGAAUAGAGCAUCCCAAAAAACUAUACCAUAUUUUGCUUUUGGUUUUUGUGUUAUGUUUUUAUUUGUUUUUGUUACAGUUUUUUCAUCAUCAAUUUAUUUUAAUUCAAUAGAUUUAGGUAAAAUUUUAGCAGCUAUUGGUAUAUCAUUAUGUCCAGUUUUGGCUGUUACAACAACUUUUGGAUGCCUUACAAUUCUUGGUUUUAGGACAAAUUCAGUUAUGUUAAUUAUGCCAUUCCUUAUUAUGGGUAUUGGUAUUAAUGAUUCAUUUCUUAUUCUUCAUUCAUUUCUAAAACCUACAUAUAAUAAAGUAACACCAAAACAUUUAUUAGGUCUUGUUUUUGAAGAUGUUGGACCAUCAAUUACAAUAACAACAUUUACAAAUGUUAUAACAUUUGCUAUAGGUGCAUUAACACCAACACCUGAAAUAGCAUUAUUUUGCCUUGCUACAGCUGUUGCAUUAGGAUUAGCCUACAUCUAUUCAUUAAUACUUUUUGGUCCAAUAUUAUAUUAUACAGCAAAAUGUAGUAGUAAAAAAAAAGAAUUAGAAAAAAAUUAUAAUGAAAAAAAUAAUAAAACAAUAGAAUGUUUAAGAAAAAUUUUUAAAAAAAUUCGUGUAAUAUAUUGUAAUAUUAUAUCAAAUCCAUGGUUUGCAAUUUUUCUAUUAAUAGGUAGUGGAGUAUAUUGGUAUUUUGCUAUUAUGGGUACAUUAAAUAUUCAAUCACGUUUAGAUACAGAAAAAAUUUUACCUAAAGAUUCACCACUUGUUGAACCUCAUAAAUUAAUAGCACAUGUUGUUUGGAAUGAAUAUUAUCCAGUAACAGUUAUUGUUAAUAAUCCUCCUGAUAUUAGAAAUGAUGAUGAUGUUAAAAUAUUUAAUAAUAUGGUUAAUGAUUUUGAAAAUUUAGAUAAAUGUAAAGGAAAAGAAUUUAGUAUGAUAUGGUUAAGAAGUUAUGAAAAAUAUGUUAAAGAUAGUAAAUUAUUUAUUGGAUGGGAUUAUAAUGAGGAGGAUGAAAAAAAUAAAGAUGAUGAAAAAUUAAAUUAUAAAGAUUUUAGGGGAUUUCUUAAAUCACCAAUAGAAAAAGUAUGGAAUGCAUUUAUAAAAUUAAAAAAUACCUCUGAUUAUGCUACAGGAAAUCCUAUUAAAUCUUUUUGGUUUUUAGUAGCAUAUCAUAAUAUUGAUAAUUGGGAUGAUAGAAUUGAUAUAAUGUUAAAAUGGAGAAAAAUAGCUGAUAAUUAUCCUAAUUUUAAUGUUACUGUAUGGGAAGCUAAUGGAAUGUUUGUUGAUCAAAUGUUAUCCUUAAAAACAUUAACAAUUCAGACAACUAUUGUAACAUUAUUAUGUAUGACAAUUGUUUGUGCCAUUUUUAUACAAAAUCCUAUAGCAGUUUUAUUUGCUGUUCUUUCAAUUGCCUCAAUAUGUAUUGGUGUUCUUGGAUUUUUAUCAUGGUGGCAUUUAGAUCUUGAUCCAGUUAGUUUAGGAGCUGUACUUAUGUCUAUAGGAAUGUCAGUUGAUUUUACAGCUCAUGUUUGUUAUCAUUUUCAAUUAAAAAGUAAAAAAAUAUUUAAAGGAACACAAAUAACAAAAGAACCUAUGAAUAGUACAAAAGAAAAAUUAUAUCAUACUAUUGAUUCAGUUGCCUGGCCUAUGAUGCAAGGUGGUAUCAGUACAGUAUUAUGUGUUAUGCCACUUAUUUGUUUAAAGGAUUAUAUACCAUUAGUUUUUUUUAAAACAAUCUGUCUUGUAGCUAUAUGGGGACUUUUUCAUGGUCUAGUUCUCCUCCCAACAUUUAUACAAUAUAUCCCACGUCGUUGGAUUGAAUGGAGUUGUUAUCGUUAUAUUAAUAAAUCAUCAUCUAUUCCUGAUUCAUCUUCAACUUUCAAAGAAUCAUUAGAAAUAUCAUUAGAAAGCAAUGAUAAACAACAACAUAACUAA